UUUAAAACGAAUGAACGAUUAGACUCGUUCGCCAUGAUCGAUGGGAAACGGAUAGAAGCCACAAGCCGAUGACUUCCACAUUUGACCAAUAUGAUCACAGACUGUGACUGGAAAGACGUGACAAGACACAAAGGACCCAAGGGAAUUUGAAAUAGUCCUGUUGAAAAAAGUCUGCAAGUAGCGGAAUGUCAGCCAUUAGCCACCUCCUGGCUUCGAUAUCGCCAUUGCUAUCUACUUUGGAAAAUGCCAUUCAGGAGAUAUCUCAUGUGCCAUCUGAAGUCGACACCCUCCGAAAGCAUCUCGAACAGGCCUCGGAAAUUGUGGAAAAAUCAAUAAUGGUGGAGAAGAGUUUGCGAUCUCGCUAUGCAGCUACGCUGAACACCAUUUCCCCGGUCAUGGUCCUUCCACGGUGGAUCAUUCUAGACGUCUUUUAUAUGGCAGUGCAUGCUGAGGAGGAGACCACCUCCCGUCCCGCCGAUAUAUCUUUGGUGUGUAGGUCCUGGAGGGAUCUGGCAGGAUCUUGCGCUGUGCUAUGGACCAAGGUGCAUGUUGAUGCCACGAAAGUCUACAUGUUGGAGAACCUAAGCACCAAGGUAAAGCGUGUGCCAAUAGAACUGGACAUUCAGAGGAAGCGCGGGGGGGACCACUUAUGGAUGUUCAACAAUAAGAAGAUGCCUCGCAUAGGUUCCCUCCGAAUGACGCUCGCACAGGACUACUGGCGUUUUGUUCCAUUCAGACUAUUGGAGGAUGGUCGUAUCGAUACGAGCGACCUGAAGACUUUGGAUCUCCGUAUGGAUCCAUCGAUAUAUCGAGGGCAUGGAUCGGGAUUCUGCAAUGUCAGCCUGAAUCACAUCAAUGCGCCAUUGCUACGAACUUUCAAGAUCCAGGAAUUCAAAAUCACCUCCAUGCCCAAUGUUCCGUUCCAUCUUACCACCCUAUCGAUAUGUCGGACAGCGAUGGAAUAUGAAACGCUCCGCCAAUUUCUCGAACAUUCUCCUGAUCUCGAAGAGUUGUCCAUCUACUCCAUCAGUUUUUUUCGAGGGGACUCUGAACUAUAUGAGGCCCUUCCAGUCACUCUUCCACGGCUUAAACGCUUCGCCCUUGAGGCAACAUCAUACAUGCAAUUCGUGACCCUGGUACUUCCUCUAGGAGCUCCGGGUUUGGAAUCAUUAUCCAUCACAGUCAACUUCGAUGGCGAGGAUGGUGACUUGUGGGCUGACCAUAAGUAUGCCUCCAUUCUGAAAUCAUUUCUCUCCCGUGUCUCAACCCAUACCCUCAUUCGGGUUGCGUUGUUUUCCCUUACCGGUAUUAUUUGUGAAUUUAUUAAGGUAUUGGAUGCUCGGUAUCCAAACAACAACAACAAUCGCUCCAGGGGACUUGAAGCCCUAACUCUCGGAAUCUCGACCGAGUGGCUCGACGAAAACGAUCCCGAGAAUUUAUGCACUAGAGACCAUCUACGAGUGCUGGUGGAGACCCUAGCGACACAUUGCCAGCCAUUGCGGGAGUUACACCUCUCAAAAGCCCUGGUGGGUAGUGAGGAAUUUCGCAGGGAUUUGGAGCGCUGGGUUGGGGUCCUCAACAUUGACACAAAUCGACCUUAUGUUACAUGAUUACAAACGGUACCGAAAUCGUUGUCUGCCCGAGGUUGCACAACAUAUAUAGCCAGAAACGCCAUUCCGAAUAAAUUGAGCAUCCGUAGAUUGUUGGCAAUGAAUUCAUUGGGU